AUGGAGUACUUGGUAGAAGCAGUAAUAGAUUUAAGUGAUUCUACGCCAAAUCAUGGGACAGAAACAAUACCGUUGUUUUGGCGAGUCAUAGAAAAACUAUUUGGGUGCCACCCCCUGAUAAUUCCUUAUCUCGAACAGCUCAUACGGCUCAUUAUCAAGAAAUCGAUUCAUGACCCAUUUGGACGCGAUGGAAUCCUGGAACCCCGACUUCAGGAUGGCCUUCGGUACUCAAUCGUUGCUCAAUUCAUUCCUUGUCUUCAGACUCAAGAGACCUGGCCAUUAACAGCUAUAAAAGCCUCCGUGGACCCUUCUUUACGACCCCCUCAAGACCUAUAUAUCCAGAGAGUUCUUCAGUCUUUCAAAUUCGAGGACUCGAUCUUGGAAUCCUACUGCAUUGAUAUCUUCAAUACUUUCAUCAUAUUGAGCAUGGAACACGAACAUCUUUAUCCGAGGGUCAGGGAAAGAAAUAUUCAAUGCUUGAAAGCUGGUAUGAAACUCAAUCAUGCCAGUCAGCGCAAACUUAUACCUUAUGACAAAACACUCUACUCAGCAUAUAGAUACAUGGGCGGUGUGCAAUUGUUGAAAUCAAUGCUACACGACGCGGGUUAUAAAAACCUUGAGAUAGAUGGAAUAUUCGAAUAA